AUGGGGCCCCCUACUGACCCCGGGCCCUCGGGCAGUGCCCGAGUGCUCAAAUGGUCAGUCCGCCCCUCGGCCUUUUACCACGUGAUCAACCAUGUCUAAUGACACAUCGCAUGAUCAGUGCCUCAUGAUGAUCGGUGCCCAGCAGUACCACCCACAAGUGCCCAGCAGUGCCACCCACAAGUGCCCAGAGGUGCCACCCACCUGUGCCAAUCAGUGCCUUGAUGAUUAGUGCCCAGCAGUGCCACCCACCAGUGUCACCCACAAGUGCCCAGCAGUGCCGCCCACCUGUGCCCAGCAGUUUCCAGCAGUGCCACCCACCUGUGCAAAUAAGUGCCCACCAGUGCCACCCACCAGUGCCCAGCAGUGCAGCCCAGCAGUGCCAUCCAUCAGUGCCACCCAGUAGUGCCUCCAAAUCAGUGCCAAGCAGUGAAGCCAGUCAGUGCCUAGCAGUGCCGCCAGUCAGUGCCCAUCAGUUUUGCCUAUCAGUGCCCAUCAGUGCUGACUAUCAGUGCCAGCUCAUUAGUGCCACCUAUCAGUGCCCAUCAGUGUCGCCUAUCAGUGCCCAUCAGUGCUGCCUAUCAGUGCAGCCUCAUCAACGCACAUCAGUGAAGGAGAAAAAUUACCUGUUUGCAAAAUUUUAUAACAGAAACAAAGAAAAACGUAUUCUUUUCCAAAUUUUUGCUGUUUUUUUGUUUAUAGCGCAAAAAAUA